AAAUGCUAAGAACAAAGAUGCGCCGCGAGUACAGAUAGAUAGACACCUAUCAAUAUUCAAUCUAUCAAAACGCUCUUUGUUCCGAAGGCAAACACAGAUCUAUAUGAAAGAGCAAAACCAGUACACUCUCUAUUUUUUCUUUCACUAAAUUGGAUUCCUAGAAUCUCAGUGGAGCCAAUUAAGGCUCUGCGAUAUGCACCAUACGUUAUUCGGUGUUGUUGUGCUUUUGGGCGGCGAGAUUGAGUGGGAGAAGGAGAGAUAAUUCCUCACUCAAAUUUACAUAUCAUCAUUGUAAUUUAUUGUUUUCCAUUCUGCUCCCCUUUUGAUUGCAUUGCCUAAAUAUCCAGCAACACGUAUCAGGGUGAUGGCAGCGACGGCGGUGACGGAGACGGAGGCGGUGUGGUCCGUUAAGUGCUAUUGCUGUGGGUUAACGGAGGAGUGCACGCCGCGUUACAUUGACGGCGUUAGGGAGAGGUAUCAGGGUCGUUGGAUUUGUGGUUUGUGUGCUGAGGCAGUGAAGGAAGAGGGUUUGAAAUUGAAAGAUGAUGAUGUUGAUGUUGAUGUUGAUGUUAGCACCGAUGAAGCACUGAAGCGCCACAUGAAGUUCAGAUCUUCCACUUCUAGCCCUCCAAACAAACCCACCCUUGACUUGAUUCUCGCAAUGAAGCACCUUCUUGUUCGCUCUUUGGAUUCUCCGAGGAAGGAGCCUUUGACUUUUUCCCCACUUACAACAUCACGCACGUGCUUUUCACCUGGAUCCUCAAAGGGGGAGCCGCAAGAGGCUAGAAAGGUAGUUACCAGUGAGUGGUAAUAACUGCUGAGUGACUUGUUCGGUGAAUAACUGAAUUUGCAAUGGCAAUGACAAUGGCAGGGUUAGGUUUAAUUUAUUUAUCUUGGUUUAGUUGUUUAAUUUGUAUUUCUCAGUUACCUUGUUGUUUAGGUUGGUUAAUUGGCUUGUUUUGUUUGUUUUCUAUUUUGUGACAUUUUCGACUGAACGGAUAAUUUGGUAGGAGUAUAAAUGUUCCUUCCUUGACUUCAGUCUAAAAAUGUCAUGGAAUUUCCCUUCUUUAUCUCUAUGUUGACCCAAUUCAGACUAUGUAUGACUUUUUUUCUAUGUUUAAAUAAGUUGCACGAUCACGUGUUUGUGUAA